GCGCAAGCAAAGCACCUCGCACAGCUCCGAUCGCCGCAACGAACCAGCGAGAGCCCACCGGAGCGACCAGGAGAAGAUGAGCUACCCACCCGUCGGCGCGCCGCCGCAGCAAGGUUACCCGGGGAAGGACGGCUACCCGCCCGCGGGCUACCCUCCGGCAGGCUACCCACCCCCGGCGCAGGGCUACCCGCCGGCCGGAUACCCCCAGCAGGGCGGCUACCCGCCGCAGUACCCGCAGCAGCCGCCCUACCAGCAGCAGCAGCAGCAGCAGCAGCAGCAACAGCAGCACAGCAGCGGCCCUUCCUUCAUGGAGGGAUGCCUGGCCGCCCUCUGCUGCUGCUGUCUCCUGGACGCCUGCUUCUGAGGAGGGAGGAAGACGACGGCGGAGUCGAUCAACUGGAACUGAGUGAUCUUUGACAGGAGAAGAUGCUGCUAGCUUAAUUAUUUCGUGUUGAGCCUUAUCGCUCUCUUUGUUUAUUACUCCAUGUUCAUGAACCUCUGCAAUGGAAUUGUUCGGUUGGUGUCGAUGGACCGAUGAUUAAGCCUAUAGUGCUUUCCAUGUG